CUUAACAAUUGUUAUAAGAUAUUUCCGCUUGCUAUUUUUUACGUUCAUAUUCGAAGUUAAAGAAACAGAAAAAUAUGAAUUUCAAGUAUAUUUUUAGUAGACAAUUUUUAUUGAUAUGGAAAGUUGGAAGAGCCUUGAAAAGAUUACAACGCGCUCAAGAAAAUUCUAUGAGAGUAAACAGAGGGGAGAAGCCAAAGAGGACCGUUUUCGAAAUAUUGUGGAAGUUUGUGGUAACAAUUUUGAAAGUAAUGGCUAAUUUCUUAUGUCCCUUUUGUCUCCAUCAUCCAGACCGCAAAAAAGGAUCAGUUAAACAAUUUUUCAGAAGAUUAAAUACAGACGGUACAUUUGAAAAUCAAUCGAUAAAAGGCUUCAUCGGAAUGUUAAUAUCAAUAGGAAUGAUCAUUUUAUUUUAUAUGUAUUUUGUUUAUUUGAUAAACAUAUCUCCUUUCACUACUAUGGUAUUCUGUAUAGUCAUUGGAUUCAUCACUACUCUGGGUGCUGCUUUUUCGGUUCGAAUCCGUUGUAUAGUUUUACUUAUGUUGCCUCAACUGUUCAGUAAUAGAGGACGACAUGCAUUGUUAGCUUUUGCUUACUUAUUGGCAUUAAGUGGACCUAUGAAAAAUGUCGUUAAAAAUACCGAUGUUUUGGCCGGAAGUAUCGCUUGUGGACAAGAGGCAGUCGCCAAUCAAACAAAAUUAAUACUAAAAGACAUGUUCGCGCCUUGGCUCUCCAUAGUCGAAACGUUGAAACAAAUAAAAAAUUCACUACAAGAGUUUGCCGAUAAUGUAAAGGCUGUCUUUAAAGAUAUUCAAAGAGUUGUAAAAAACAUAGUGCGCUCAAUUAAUCGUGCUUUGAAAUGGCUCAGAAAACGUUUAGAUAUAUGCAGUGGUACUAUGGGAAACCCAUAUGAAAAAUGCAUAGCAAAAUUUAACAAAGCUUACCAUGAUUGUUAUGAUUUCUUAGGAUCAAUUAUUGGUAUCGUUUGUAAUGUAGUUAAAGUUGUAAAAUUAAUCAUCUGCUCAGUACUUAUCCCGCUAGACGAAUUAUGUAAAUUGGGCGAGAAAUUGAGUAAACUUAUAAAAGAACCAUUUAAAGUUUUUUUUAAAAAGGCUGCCCGUUCGUUGGAAAGAGAAUUCGAAGUGAAUAUUUCAAUGAUUCACGUGUAUAAUUAUUCUGUAGAAGAAAGUAAAUCCGUGGUUGAAGUGAAAGAAGAUAUUAUGCGUGAAGUCAGAAAAUAUACCAAUUGGAUGACAUCUUUAAUCGAAUUAUCAGAUUUAGCUAUGUUUAUGUUUUUCGUAUUACUUUUUAUUAGCGCAUUAAAAUAUCAACUUUGGUUUCGAAUUAAGGAUAAAUUCGAUAAUUACUUUUUAACAUUCGAGUUAAGAGAACUCGACACUCAACGCUGUGGAAUGGGAAAAGAGACCAUUUUCCCGUUAUCUUUUAAAGAAAGAAUGGUAUACGUAACCGCUUCAUCGUUACGACUGUCUACUAACGAAUACGGUCAUCUUGCCAGCAGCUUAAUUAUUUUAAUAAUAACUUUCAUACAAAUCGGAUUUUUUAUUAUAAUUGAUUACGGAUUGUUUUGGAUGCUGUCUAUGGUAACAUUCCACGGACAACUGCGAACAGAGAACGAGGUGCCUUCGCACAUCGAUUUAAAAGUGAAAGGUCAAGGACUUUUGGCUGAUAUGCUUCGAAAACUGGUAGGAAUUUUUGGUCCUGUGACCAGAAAACAAAUGAUAGUGGAUACGACCAACUGUUUGCCGAGACCUCUUCUACCCGAUUACGAUCGUUAUGAACAAAUUGCCUUUAUCUUUAUUAUAUGUUUCUUUUUGGCCAUCACCGAAUCUUAUGGACUAAGACUUCGCCACGUAAUAGCUGGAAUGUUUUUUCCGGAAAGAAAAAAACAAAGAGCCGUAUGGCUUUAUAAUCAUAUUUUAAGAACAAGAAUGAACUUUGUGAAAUUUUUGAGAAGGAAAAUAAGACAAAAAUACUACGGCGAUUCGACUUUACAUAAAAUUAGUUUUCUGGAAUAUUUUAGUGCUAAAUGUCCAGUUGUAGAAAAAAUAGCGAAAAAGCUUAAUCUUUUCAAGGAAACGUGUCUUGGAUGUGGAAUUAAAAAAUCUAAAAACGAUCCAAUAGAAUUUAUACAUUGCGAUAAUCAAAAUUGUAAAGCAAUAUUUUGUCAAAAUUGCUUCGAGGAAAUUGGAAAAAAAUGUGUUGUUUGUCUUUCUCCAACGGAUUAUGACGAUUAUUCGGAUAUAAGCGAAGAAAAAGAAUAUUUCUAUGAUUCUACAUUUGAAAGUGAAGUGAAGAGAAAAUACAUCAUUGCAAGCUUUUAUAGAUGUUACGAAGUUUCUGGGUUAAUAAUUUUUAAAAAGGCUGCCCGUUCGUUGGAAAGAGAAUUCGAAGUGAAUAUUUCAAUGAUUCACGUGUAUAAUUAUUCUGUAGAAGAAAGUAAAUCCGUGGUUGAAGUGAAAGAAGAUAUUAUGCGUGAAGUCAGAAAAUAUACCAAUUGGAUGACAUCUUUAAUCGAAUUAUCAGAUUUAGCUAUGUUUAUGUUUUUCGUAUUACUUUUUAUUAGCGCAUUAAAAUAUCAACUUUGGUUUCGAAUUAAGGAUAAAUUCGAUAAUUACUUUUUAACAUUCGAGUUAAGAGAACUCGACACUCAACGCUGUGGAAUGGGAAAAGAGACCAUUUUCCCGUUAUCUUUUAAAGAAAGAAUGGUAUACGUAACCGCUUCAUCGUUACGACUGUCUACUAACGAAUACGGUCAUCUUGCCAGCAGCUUAAUUAUUUUAAUAAUAACUUUCAUACAAAUCGGAUUUUUUAUUAUAAUUGAUUACGGAUUGUUUUGGAUGCUGUCUAUGGUAACAUUCCACGGACAACUGCGAACAGAGAACGAGGUGCCUUCGCACAUCGAUUUAAAAGUGAAAGGUCAAGGACUUUUGGCUGAUAUGCUUCGAAAACUGGUAGGAAUUUUUGGUCCUGUGACCAGAAAACAAAUGAUAGUGGAUACGACCAACUGUUUGCCGAGACCUCUUCUACCCGAUUACGAUCGUUAUGAACAAAUUGCCUUUAUCUUUAUUAUAUGUUUCUUUUUGGUCAUCACCGAAUCUUAUGGACUAAGACUUCGCCACGUAAUAGCUGGAAUGUUUUUUCCGGAAAGAAAAAAACAAAGAGCCGUAUGGCUUUAUAAUCAUAUUUUAAGAACAAGAAUGAACUUUGUGAAAUUUUUGAGAAGGAAAAUAAGACAAAAAUACUACGGCGAUUCGACUUUACAUAAAAUUAGUUUUCUGGAAUAUUUUAGUGCUAAAUGUCCAAUUGUAGAAAAAAUAGCGAAAAAGCUUAAUCUUUUCAAGGAAACGUGUCUUGGAUGUGGAAUUAAAAAAUCUAAAAACGAUCCAAUAGAAUUUAUACAUUGCGAUAAUCAAAAUUGUAAAGCAAUAUUUUGUCAAAAUUGCUUCGAGGAAAUUGGAAAAAAAUGUGUUGUUUGUCUUUCUCCAACGGAUUAUGACGAUUAUUCGGAUAUAAGCGAAGAAAAAGAUUCUAGCGAAGAAGAAACUGAUGAAGAAAUUGAUUGGGAAGAAGUAAAACUUUUGGAAUCUGACAAAAAUAAUGAAAAGUUAAUGGAAGAAGGGAAAAAUAUUCGCAAAAACGUACAUCGACCUUUCUAUGCGAUGAAUCCCAAAAAGAAAAAUCUAUAAUAGAAAUUAAAUAUUUUAACUUUUA